UGUGCACACCACAUAUGUAAUUUUUCAUGUUAAAACUAAUAUGGCUGAACCAUAAACAUAAUAUAUAUCUAGGAUUUGAAUAGGUUUGCAUUAGGAACAGUUGUAAUUUUAUUUAGCAUUUUCAGUGACAUUUGGGCUUCAUGUCCAACACUCAUCCCUACCGUACAUGGGCAGUGACGUCACAGACUGAAUCAUAUACAUAUACUGUUAACAAGUUCAAACACAAAAGGUGUCAGAAUAUGGGCCAAUUUUUGUUUCUCUUUGCCAUCGCUUUUAUGGUGUUAUUAUGUGUGUAUAUGAAAAGCAAAUCGAACCUAAAAAGGCUUCUAUUUUAAUGUAUAAUUCUGUGCAGACACAUGCAUGGACCAUUUGCCUCUAUGUUGCCAAGGAUCUGAGCCCAGUUACACCCGACAUUAAUAAGUGUGUUUCCCUUCAUUUUCUCCCUUCAUUUAAGCUUUACAGGAACAGAUGUGUUCCAGUUAGUGACUGAUUCAAUGAGAUUCAAACUAACAACAUUGCGAAUAAACAGUUUAUUACUGCAUCUAUCACUGUGUUUUCUGCGGUCAGGUUAGUGUUUGGUGACUUUCCUGCUUGUAUAUUUCAACUUAAAAGGUCGUUAAAGUCGGUUUUUCCAACUUGGAAUUUGAAAUAUUCGCCUUCCGAGAGCAGCCAAAACGAACCAAUAGUUUAAAAAAAAUCUAAAACAAACAAACGCAACAUAUUUAUAAAAUAACAACAACAACAACAACAACAAAAACAAUGUGUGGUUUAAAAGAUGUGAAGCUGCAGGUUAUGGGAGCAGCUCAGAUGCAGGUGUUUUAACUGGGUCACAAAUGGCAGAGGGCAGGACUGGCAGCUGAACCACCAGUAUGCAUGCUGCUGUGACUGGUUCCAAAAAAAAAAAAGUUUGUGAAAGUGGCCUGACGUCACAAUGCUUACCGCCCCAUAACUCCGCUGCAGCCUGAGAGGCAGAGCCAGGCACACUCUCAGGCCUCGGAUACAGAGAAACCCCUGUAGCGGAUAAUAAAAGUCUCCAAAGUGCGGAUCAACCCGGGGAAAGUGAAGCGUGGGAGCGGUGGGACGCAGGAUCCGCCGCGGCAGGACUCUACUCCGGACCGGGGGACGGGAAGCUGAAACUCACCGGGACUCCGUGUGAAUUUGACUAAUGCGGUGCUGGAAAGUUUUUGGACAGUAAAGAUGCAGAACAGUAUGUCCCACUCACCGCCAGCCAUAGCUGUUGGGACUGGGUGAGGGGUAGAGAAGCCAAGAGGAGUGACUGAGUUAUAAGGUGGGAAAUUCACGGACAGAAGGAUUCUGACCAACAGUUUCAGCUGGAUUCCAAACAGAAGCUUUGAACUGCCAUUCACCUUUUGCCUUUCCCCAACACCUUUCAACAUUGAGCCUACGAGGCAGGGGAACCGCGAGGACUUUCAUGGCAGCGGCACUCUAGGGCUGCCAUGGCAGCUGCUGCCGCUGAUGCCUCACACUGUAUUAUCGCACUGACGCCGGAGGAAGAGGGACGACGGACUGCCACCAAGCUGUUUGGGAGUGCCGCCCCGCUGCCACGGACAGAGAGAGAGCGAGAUAGGGGGAAAGAGAGGGAAGAGGAAGGGGAGAAAGUAGGAAGAGCGAGUGGAAACGAGUGUCUGGUGUGCGGGGCCUUGUUUGUCUCACAGGAGAAGCUCCGGCUCCACACUUUGAGUCACACAGGCGAGAAGCCUUUCCACUGCUCACAGCCACACUGUCCCAAGGCCUUCAGCUCCAAGUACAAACUCUUCAGGCAUAUGGCCACACACUCUCCACAGAAGACCCAUCAGUGUUCGUUCUGUGAAAAAAUGUUUCACCGCAAAGAUCACCUGAAGAACCACCUGCAGACCCAUGACCCCAACAAAGAGGCCUUCAAGUGCGAGGAGUGUGGGAAGCACUAUAACACCAAGCUGGGAUACAAGCGCCAUGUGGCCAUGCACUCUGCUACUGCAGGGGAUUUAACCUGCAAAGUGUGCAUGCAGAGUUAUGAAAGCACACCUGUUCUCCUAGAGCACCUCAAGAGCCACUCGGGGAAGUCCUCAGGUGGUGCCAAGGAGAAAAAACACCCUUGCGACCACUGUGACCGACGAUUCUACACACGGAAAGAUGUGAGACGGCACAUGGUGGUCCACACAGGGAGAAAAGACUUUCUGUGCCAGUACUGUGCCCAACGCUUCGGCAGGAAAGACCAUCUGACACGGCAUGUGAAGAAGAGCCACUCACAGGAGCUGCUGAAGAUUAAGACGGAGCCUCCAGAUAUGUUAGGCCUAUUAACAACAGGGUCUCCACCGUGCUCGGUUAAAGAGGAGCUUAGCCCCAUGAUGUGUGGCAUGGGACCCAACAAAGACCCCAUGAUGGGAAAGUCAUUCCCCAGCGGGGCACCCUUUCCGAUGAGCAUGUAUAACCCUCACCAUCUCCAGGCCAUGUCUAAUUCUGGGGUGGGUUCUCCACACCCUUCCCUGAUGCCCAAUCCCUUGUCUGCAGCUAUGGGCAUGGGCUGUCACAUGGAGUCCCCUCCAUCUAUUCACCCACACUCCCAUCACCACCACCAUCACCACCACCACCACCAUCAUCACCAUUCCCCUCCAACCCCCCCACACCACCAGCCUGCGGCUCCCCAGCAGCAGCACCAGCCAGCACCCAAAUACCAGCUGGGAUCUACCUCAUACCUGCUGGACAAGCCCUUGAAAGUAGAGAUGGAGAGUUUCCUCAUGGAUCUGCAGAGUGGUUUACCAGGCCCGGUUACCACUGUAGAGCCCCAUGCUGCUGCCUCACCCCUCAAGGACGGAUUGGAGCCCACUUCGGUCCUGGCCGAUGAACUUUGCGGGGAUCCCCUUCUGUCCAAGAGCCCUGCAGUGAUAGCUGAGUCUCUGUGUGCUGCUAACAUGGACUUUUCCCACCUACUGGGUUUCCUGCCCCUAAACCUUCCUCCAUACAGUGCCCCUAUGAGCACAGGAGGAUUGGUUAUGGGGUACACCUCAUCUGUGACCUCUUCCACUUCCUCCUCUUCCUCCUCAUCUCUGCAUGCUGCCGAGCCCCAUGCCGCUGCAGUUGCCGCGGCAGCAGCCGCCGUCACCACGGCACCUCUUACCUCUUUGCAACCGCAACCUCAGGAGCAGCAGAGCUCCAGCGGGGGUUUGGGCCUUGGAUCCCUGCACCCCCUUCCACCAGUGUUCAGCUCCAGCCUUAGUACCACCACAUUGCCUCGCUUUCACCAGGCCUUUCAGUGACAGAGGCAGCUCCUUCCCUGCCAAGGUGACCUCCACACCAGCACAAGCUGAGCAAGGCCUGAUCGAAAAGUUGGAGAAUUAAGAUUAAAAAGAAAUACAUAAAUGAACACUUGGAAGCCUUAAAUGAAAGUGCGCACAAAAGCUUUUGAUUGAGCCUUAAAAGGAAGUGAAACCCCUUUGAGCAAAAAGGAAAUGUAAGAAAAGAAGUUGAAGCAGCUUUUAUUUGGGCUUUUUUCCUUAUCCUAUAGAUAUAUAACAAUGUAUUAACCCAUAUUUUUUUGUUUUUCAUUUACUUCCCCCUUUUAUCUUCCCCUUUUUAGUAUAAUAGAGGGCAGGAUCAGUAGGCCUAAAGGCGUGGUACUGCAUACUUAAAGUAAUAAUAUAAAAAGAAAAAAAACAAAGAUAAUUUUUAGUGGAUAUUAUCUGUCUUGUUGUGACCCAGAAAAUAUAGUUUGAAGUGGAAAUUCUGUUUUACCUUAUUUUUAUUUUUCCCAAAUGUAAGAACAUGGUAGAAUGUGUCGUAUCUUGAGUUCUGAAGCACCCAUGCUAAUACCCUGAGUUGUCAUGAUUCAUUUGGAGAGGAGAGAGCUCAGUGGGGGAACAAAGAGAUGAAUGAUCAUUCCUGCCAGCAGGUGACUUCACCAGAGCCUCCAAACGACCCCAGCCUCCAAAAAAAGUGCUCUUCAAAUUAAAAAAACAACAUAAGAAUAAGAAGAUUUAUCCCUGGAGAGUUAGGCAACGCCGCUUUAUACUCUUAUUGUAUCAUUAACAAAUCACUUGCUACAGGAAAUCAAACUUUACCACAGCUUCUUCUUCUUGUUUCUCAUAAAAAGCACUUUUCCAUUUAACAGAAAGCACUUCACAUCUCGUCUCCUACCUCGUACUUUCGUACGGCGGUCACUUUUUGCCGGCUAGGAAAAUCUCAUAGCUGGGUGAAAAUCCACUUAUUCCGAAAUUAACAUGUUUGGCUUACAACAUUGAGUGUACACAUUAAACCGAGAGAAUGAAUUUUCCCUGCGCUCUGUUUCUAAGGUGUGUACAGACAUCGAGGCUGCAGGAGCCAUGUUAGUUCUGGCCAAAUCAGUUUCCUACCUGUGAGAAACUCCAGUGCAGGAUUCCUGGGAUGGAGUGACGGACCUUCUGCUUUUCUCCACUAACCGCUUCAGUAGUUCUCAGGGAGCACACAGGAAGAGAACUUCGGCUCAGUGUUGUUGAGAGCUCCCAAACCAGGGCUGUCAGAGAAGAAUGACGUCAUUCUGGGAGAGAAAGUUAAUUUCUCGAUUGUUGCAAAGUGUGAACAGCUCUUUAUUCCAGAGCCGGACUUUAUCUGGGCUUCAUAAUUCUGGAGGUUUCAAUGCUUUGAGACGUAGUAGGACUCUUGUUCCAUCACAUCUUCUCCCUCGGAGAUAUCUUUUAAAAGUUUCCAUUAUCAGUUUACUUGCAGCAGUUUUUUUGGUUGCCUUACAUAUAUUUUCUAAAGAUACAUAUGUCUGUAUUUUGUUUGGAAAAUAUUCCAAAUUCAUCUUUUGGGCAGUCUUUUAAAAAGAUGCAUUAUCAUGGUAAAUGAUGAACCCUGAGAUAUGUGAAUGGAUAAAAAGAACAAAGGAAUUAGUGGCAGAUGAGUAAAAAUGCCUUUAAGAAUGUUAUUGCAGUGUACGAAAUAUCUCAAAAAUAAAUAUGGAAAUGUGUAUUUUAGGUAGAUGUAUUAAAACUAAGUGAUCAUAUUUUGAUGUCAUGCAAGUUUUGUAUCUUGCAUUUUUUUGCUUAAGAAAAAGAUGAAGUCUUCUCUUUGUCCCUCGGGCUUUCUCUGUCGUACCCGACCGUAACGUACUUGAGUCGGUGAAUCAAAUCUUUGGAUGAGAAAUAUUCAUAGGAGGUUGUUAGUGGCUUAGUGAUCAACUAGGAUUUGAGCUAGCCAUAGAUUGUGUUCUAGGGAUGCUUACAUGGAUGGCCUUUAAGUAUUUCAAACUGUAGGUCUUGGAGUACUACCCUUAAACCAAGAGCCUAUAAAAACCUUAGUCCAAAGUUCACUUAAAGCCUAAAAAUCCAAUAAAAAUGUUUUGUAAAUUUAGAUUGAGUUCACUCUGCUGCUCUCUCAUAGUGUGGUCACUGUGUUGAGUUGUUUCUCUCUCAGAAAAAAAGAAAAUCUGACUAGCAAUUUUAAAUUCCCUCAAAAUCUUCACAUAACUAUUUUAUGUUUUGAUGUAUGGGGCUAUUGCUUCCUGCACAGAGCAGUUACCAUACAGGCCUAUUACUAUCCAUCUAGAAUUUUGGCUUUCUUUUAACCAUACAAGGCUAUUGCUUACUGUAUAGGUUUUUCUUACCCUACAGAACUUUUGCUCACCCUUUUGGCAUAAUACAACCUGUCUUGAAUUGUUUUACUGCCGUGUUAACUCUGUAUGGAAUUGCUUGCCAUACAGAGUUUUGUUUAGUUCUUUUUUCUUUACCCGUAGGAAGCUUUUAGUUACCCUACUGGACUUUUUCUUGACCUCCAAAACGUUUUCUGACUGCAAGCUUUUCUAAAGCUAAAGGAUAAAACAAGGUAAAGAUGAUUUUUAAACAUAAGGGAAUAAUCCUUAAGAGGCCAGACAUGACAAUGAACACGGUGACCGCAUUAUUGAGAAUAGCAUCACAUUUAAAUAAGCAAAACGUUUCCCUUUUUUUUUUUUUUUUGUUCCAGAAGUGAGAGAACUCUGAAUAUUCAUCUCACUCAUUUUUAGUCAUUUAGUUCAUUCAUAAAUAUUGUUACAGUUUUACACCAGCUCUCUUUAUGUUUAGUCAUGUCUGUGCUUCAGGUGAAAAAAACAAACAAAAUCCAAAACCAUAGCACAUAAACAUUUAAGUUAAAUCCCGUAUUGCUGCUUUAGCCCCGGUUGGUGAUGUAUAAUAAAUGUAGACCACUAGAACAUUUCUAAAGUUGAUUUUUUUCUCCAACUUAGACAGCGAGCCAAACCAACAAGGUGGUCAUCUGCUCCACCACUUCGUUACUUCUCUACUUUUUUUUAGCUGCUUUGUAGAGUAAAAUGGUCUGAAAACACAGCGACUCCAGGAGAACACAGUCAGAACCGCCUGGGCUUUGACAUUCAAAGCAACAGGAGGAUGAAAAGAGACUGACUGUACAACUUGGGGUAUUGCUUAUAGUUAUGUAUUUGUUUUGGGUUUUUUUGUCAUGAUAUACUAUUUUCUGUUUGUAUAAAACAGGACCUCGAAAAAAACAACACAACACAUCACCUCAUUUUUAUUUGUGUUUUCUUACCAAAACCUUGGGAGAAGAAACUACAUGUUUGCACAACAGCUUAUUAAGAAAUCUUCAGAUUUUGUUUCAUACAGUAGGGAAAGGAACCUUGACAAAGGGCAGCUAAUGGCCCUGUGCGUUAGAGAAGCACACUUGAUAGGAUUGGAAAACUCCAAAUGAGCGAUGGUGUCUAAAAGUUUAAAGCUACAGCUUCACUUUGUUUUUAAAGUUAUGCUUUAUGUUCCAAUUUCAGUCUAAAAUUAUACAAGGUAUGACAUAAAAUUGUUACUUUUUAUGAUUGAUCAAACUCUCUAUUGAUCCUAAAUAAAAAGCUGUCAGCACCUUCCUUAUAAUUUCUCUUGUAAACCGAAGGCAAGAUAAAAAUUUUAUCUUCUUUUUUUGUAGGAGUUUUAAGACUUUUUAAAGAAAAACUCUUCUGGUUUAAACCCAAUUUGUAGCAAUCUCAAUGAGCGUUUAUACUUUUGGAAGAAAAUUUCAUUUUGUCUUAAAAUGAAAGAAAAAAAGCUUUUAAUUGUGCAUUAAGUUUGUCCUCCCUGGGUUUCUGUGAGCUAAUCUGAAUUCUAGCACUUUCAACCUUUAAAAAAAGAGUAUUUUUUUUCUUUUAAAGUUUCAGCUUAUAUGUUCAUAUGUUUUUAAUUUUGUAUUGAUCCUGUAUAUGUAUGUGCCAUUAGUUUACUGUUUAAACUUUAUCAGAAUUUGUGUAUUUCUCUUGUCCAAAAGAAUAACAGUAUUUUUGAUAUACUUUUCACUAAUAUCCUUUUACAACAGAGCCCCCCCCCCCCACUCCCUUCCUCCUUGUUCUGUUGUGUUUUUACUUAACCAGCUUUGCUUUCCCUUUCAAAAGUGUAUCUAGUCAAACUGCAGCCAAGCAUUUGAAGAAACCAGCAGCAGCAUGUCUGUUCCUCAGAGACGGUGAUGAACAAGACUGUUGUCAGCAGAGCCGCAGCCCAGACUCAAAUGGCCAUUUUUACUCCACCUAACCCAACAAAACUGACGUCUGAGCCACCCCUACAAUAAAGCACUUAUAUAAUCUUGAUCACAGGGCUGGGAUUUAUUUUUUUCCCAAAAAAAGAGUCCAUAUCUGUUUUAAUACAUUUAGAAGUGUAAUCUGGUUGUAUAAAAAACAUGCCAGUUAUGGCCAGUAAAACAUGCCGGUUUUAAUCUUGUCAGGUUAAAACCUGACAAGAUUUAGGUUUAGAAAUAAGAGAAUCUGGACAUGUUCACACUUUGAUUUCAGAAGUAGUGUUUGGAGAAUGGGGAUAAAAGGUUUCAGAAAAAAGUAAAAAAUAAAAUGUAAUCAAAGCUAGAUGACUACUCUGGAAGUGGUAACUUUAAGAGGAGUUUUAUGUUAUUUUAUUGAUGUCUCAUGAUUAUAGAAAUAAUAUACAAUGUCCCCAUUUUUUUCUUUGAGAAUAUAAAAGUCCUGACUUAGUGGAAGAGACGUUGCCAAAAUUUUCCGCACUUUUUCAAUGUAAAUAGAGCCGCUGUUGCUUGUGUUGAACCAACAGCUAAAAUGAAAAAGCUCUGAUUCACCGAUCUCUGACAGAGAUGUUGCACUGGUCAUCAGCUUGGUUGUAGCUCCAAUACCUCAGCCUGCACCUACUAGGGAUGCACUUAUCCUCACCCUUUACUAGUAGGUGCAGUACAGACAUUUUAAGGGAAAUUUCUCCAUCAUUGUAAACUUGAGAAAUGCUGAUUUGAUUUGAAUGAUUCUUUUUCUUUCCUCUAUUUUGGCUUUAGUACGAAACUGGGUAAUGUCUGGUGCAGACAGCAUCCAUAUGUAGAUUUAUAUAUUUCUAGCUAAGUGUAAGUCGUGCAUUCCAUCCUCUUUGUGUAUCUUUUUAGGUCGACAUAGGCCAUUUUUAUUUUUUUACAAGCAACUACAGCCACCUUUGGAAUAAACACAAAAAGGUGAACUAGAACAGGCUAAACAGGCAACUUACAUUCACUCAUACUAUGUUCUAUUGCAUGGAGUUCAACUACAGGGAGAGUUCAAGAAAUGAUUGAAGAAUGAGUUUUACAUCAGAAGUCUUCCUUUAAAAGAAAACAUAACAUAUCUCUCAUGUAAUCAGUUGCUGCAAUUUCUUAGUGACAGAUGUAUAUUGGUUGAUCCAAAGAGAUGAACACAACAGCAGAACUAUUGACUUAUUGUACAGUACCGUGUAUCUUUGACUUCUCAUGUGUUAUGUUGAAAUAAUUAAAUGACAAACCAGUGGUUUCCUACCCUA